AUGGCCAGACUUCAAGCACUCAUGCUCGCGCUUCCCAUUCUUCUGCUCUUCGUGCUGUCCUCCCAUGCUCAAAAGGAAGGCUCUUGCUUUGGUGGUCCAAUCUUCAAUAGUGCCUCAAGCAACUCUGGCGCUACUGGUCUACCAACAACACAAGACAUUCCGACACAUGUACUGAUUGAUGAGGUGGCUGGGCGCAUUGGCGUUGAAUACACGAAUCCUGGCGGCGCUGUUGCAAUUUAUAAAGGCUUCCAUAUCGAAGGCUCCCAUUUCAGUCUCACACACUGCGCUUGCACUAUGUGCCCAGUCGCCUUGAUCGAUAGGGAUGUUCACACUACCAAAAUCAAGAUCAUGACCGAAACCGAGGUCCGUCUCGAAUUCGCUGAGCUUCUAAAGGCCUAUGCGUCUGCCGCGACCUUGUCCAACCCUGAUCUGGCCGAGGAACUGGAGAGACGAUGGAAGCUCGAUGCUGGGGCUAUACUGACGAUACUCAAUUUUGGCAGCAAUUCAAAGGUGACAUUGGCGGAGCUGCACGAGCAGUUGCCUUUUGACAUCGAUUCAGCCUCGAAAGCACAGUGGCAAGGGUGUUUGCUCAGUGCACAGGGAAACGGUCUUGAAGAGAGAAUCUUACGCAAUGCCGAUAUAUUGGGGAAAUUUGAAGGAUACAAAGAUAGUGUGCUUACUUAA